AUGACCUCGCGCAGCACCGCAACCUCUUCAGCGGCGGCCUUCCUGAACGGCGGUGCCUCUUCGUCCACCUCCUCCUCGCUAGGCCGUAAGAUGGGCAACCACCCACGUCAAUCCUCUUCGGCUCUCUACACGGCCUUCUCCCCCAAACAGAUCCAGGGCUUCAAAGAGGCCUUCAACAUGAUCGACACGGACUCGGACGGGCUCAUCUCCCACGCUGACGUUGCAGCGAUGCUCUCCAACCUCGGCACUGACGCCUCCCCCUCUUCCGUCUCCGCCUACUUUCGACCGGGCUCGAGCUCAGGCGGAGUCAACUUUACGCAGUUCCUCACCAUGUUCGGCGAACACCUGGCCGAGUUGGACGACCAGUCGGUGCUCAUGGAGGCCUUCGAGUGUUUCGAUGAAAAGGAUGUGGGUCGCAUCGAGGCGCAGGAAUUGAGGUUUUGGUUGAGCCAGGUAGGGGAUAAGAUGAGCGAUAGGGAGAUCGACAGAUUGUUGAGUGGGCCAUUCAUGGACAAGAGCGGGAAAUACUUCGAUUACAAGGCGUUCACCGAGGCGGUCAAGAUGAGCGAGCCGGCAGAGAUCGAGUAG